AUGUCCACAGCAGAAGUCUUCAGUGCUCUGGGCACUCCUGCACGAACAGCUGCACGCGUGCUCCUCGCACCACGCUAUAUUUUCAACGGCUUUGCGCCGCUCCGGGUCUGGAACGCGAAUGCGUAUGCACAAGCGCGGUACGGGCCGCUGUACAAGUACCGCUUAUGGCUGCUGUUUGACUGUCGGGAUCUCGAGGUUUUGGAGAAGAUACUGAAUGAAGGGAGUGAUGACGAUGUAUUGAGGAUGCGAGAGGCGAAGAUGGAACAGUUUAAACUCGUGGCUUUGGUCGGCGCCCUUCUCGCAACUUUGGCUUUACAAGCACUCUCCAUGCCGCUCCUGGCGGAAACUACCUUCAUUGUGAGAUCGAGCUUUACCGUUAGCACCACGCUUUCCCUGCUCGCCACCUUUUUUACUUGCAUUCAGCAGCGCGAGCUGGGCGUUGUGUACAAAGCCUCGUCCUUUCGUAUGUGGCUUUCAAACGGCAUCCGGUAUACCAAUUCUUCGAACCAGGUCGUCCUCCAGUCCUCUUUGGCUAGCCUAACUUUGAUGGAAGCACCUUACGAGUUGAUCAGUUUGGCUGUUGCCAAUUUCGUUGCAGGCAUGGCGGCUUACAUGUGGGAUAUUUACAAGCAACGGUUGGAACUACAGAAAGAGAGUGGAUGGGCGCAGAGUGUGGCGAUUGUUGUGUACUUUGCGUUUGGGACGGGGUUUGCGUUUGCCAUGUUUCCGGUUUUGUUGGGGAGUAAGGAUCGGGAGGUAAAGGCUGCGGCGGCGGAGGAGCGUGCAGAUGUGGAGAUGGGUGUUAUAGCAGCGAGGAAGGAGAUGCGGUGGGAGGCCAAAGCAGAAUCGGAAUCCCGCGGCAGACGGUCUUGUUAACGCUGUAGGGAGGUGGGAUCAUUCGGAAGCAGGAUAUAGUACUAUCGUAGCGUAUUUACUGGCUAUAGAACAAUAGCAGAUGUAUAUUCAACAGGGA